GUAGACGGGGAAGCAAAUAAUUCAAGACUUCUGGCUCUAUAUAAGAAGGUGUGCUCAAACAUGAGAACUACAGCAGAAUACUAAAAACUUGAUCUCUAAAUUUGUAACACUCUUGAUCUCAAAGAAGUUGUACGUGACAUUCAUCCAAAGUUCCAACUUCUUCUGCGAUGGGUUGUUGGAGAUCUUAUGCUGGUGAUGAGAGACUUUCAAGCUCAAGUCUCACUGUUUCGAUCGGUAUAUUUGCAGUAUUAUGGUUACUAUGGGCCAUUAAGAAACAAAAAAAGGUUGCAGUACCUCCACUGCCACCAGGUCCCCGUGGCUUGCCAAUAGUCGGAUACCUUCCGUUUAUAGGUACUGAACUUCAUACGAAAUUUGAGCAAUUGGGUGGGAUCUAUGGCCCCAUUUAUAAGGUUUGGCUUGCAAAUAAAUUGUGUAUUGUGAUUAGCUCACCCUCACUAGUGAAAGAAGUUGUUCGUGACCAAGAUGCAAUAUUUUCCAACCGUGAUGUGAACAGAGCUACACUUGCAGUCACAUAUGGGGGAGUUGAUAUUGCUUUUUCCCCAAAUGGUCAUGAUUGGAAGAUGUUGCGAAAGAUUUUUGUGAGAGAGAUGCUUAGUCCAUCAAAUCUUGAUUCUACAUUCGCUUUACGAAGAGAAGAGGUAAGGAUUGCCAUUAGAAAUGUGUAUGACAAAACAGGUACCCCCGUAGAUGUAGGAGAACUAGUGUUUGUGACAGUAAUGAAUGCCAUCAUGAACAUGUUGUGGGGCGGCACACUACAAGGAGAGGAAGGGGCUAAGUUUGGAGCUGAGUUUAAGACUAUGUUUUCAAAUUUAAUGUUGAUAGUCGGAAAACCAAAUGUUUCAGACCUUUUCCCCACCUUAGCAAAUUUUGAUUUACAAGGGAUUGCAAGGGAAGCAAAAGAGAUUUCCAAAAAUGUUGAUCAAGUACUUGAUUAUGUCAUUGACAAAGCGAUCAAGAGUUUGGCUAAGGCCAAAGAAGAGGGGAAGACAAUGACAAGACAAAAAGACUUUUUGCAAGUUCUCUUGGAAAUAAGAGAGCAGAACACUGGUGCAGAUUCGAUUAGCAUGAUCCAACUCAAGGCCGUGCUUUUUGACGUAGUGAUUGCUGGAUCCGACACCACAACAACCACGUCAGAAUGGGUGAUGGCAAGGCUGAUGAAACAUUCAGAGGUGAUGAGAAAAGUCCAAGAAGAAUUAAUAGAAAUAGUGGGGAUGGAUAAAUUAGUCGAAGAAUCUCAUUUGCCCAAAUUACGUUAUUUAGAUGCUGUAAUUAAAGAGACGUUUCGUCUGCACCCACCUCUUCCUUUCCUAAUACCUCGUAGUCCAAGCAAAUCUAGCAUCAUUGGAGGGUACCAUGUGCCCAAAGGUUCUAAUAUUUUCGUGAAUGCUUGGGCUAUACAAAGGGACCCAAAGUAUUGGGAAAAUCCAUUGGAAUUUAAACCCGAGAGGUUUCUAAAUGAUGGUUGUGGUACAUUAGAUUUUUCGGGCAAUAAUUUUAAGUAUAUACCAUUUGGGUCAGGGAGAAGAAUAUGUGCAGGUCUUACACUAGGGGAUAGGACACUUAAAUACAUCCUGGCUUCAAUUUUGCACUCGUUUGAAUGGAAAUUGCCACAAGGUUCAGAGAUUGAUAUUUCAGACACUUUUGGUAUCAUUACCAAGAAGAAGAGUCCAACAGUUGCAAUUCCAACUCCAAGGUUAUCCAAGCUUGAGCUCUACACAUAAUUGUACAAUGCAAGGAAUAUACUUAGUUGCUUUGCAUACCUACAUACCAGUAUAAUGUAUGAAGCCUCCAUAUGCACAAUAACCAAUGAGGUUGUGAUGGUUUUCACUUCCUAUACUCUAUAGUUCUGGUGCAAAGAAGCUUUUAUUUUCACUUUCCUGUAUCCAAAUUUGUGCAAUUAUUGGCCUAUGAAUAAAUGCUUAGUUUGGAAA